AUUUAAUACAUAAUUAAACAGAUCCCUCAUUAAAGCAGAUUCCAUUAUUUAGAAGCACAAAUUCAUUUGGAAGCACAUAGUUUUAUGUGUCAUGUGGUUCAUUUGAAGUUCUAGAAACAAGUAAAGUUUACCAUGGUGGAGGCAUUUGAUAUUGACGAAGUUGAAGAAGAUCCCUUUGCAGACAGCAACAUAUCUGUGUUUUAUGAACAAAUAAAACAAACUUACGAUAUACUUCAUUACACAGCAUAUUUUACAGAGUCAAUAAAAUUAAUAUUAAGCAUUCUAUCCAUAGUAGCCGACAUCUGUAUAAUUACAAUUAUUAUAAAGAAUCGACAACUAAAAACAAAUACCAAUAUAUACAUAUACAUUCUUCAUUAUUCAGUAUGGCAUAUAGUAGCUAUAACAGUUUUUCCAUUGUUCCGUGAACUUUGUGAUCUACUAAACAUUGCUCAUAUUUGUCUAAUAAUGCUCUACUACUAUUGUUGGAAGAUAUACAUUGCAUCACUUUCACUAAUAUUCCUAUUUGGUUUGUGUCUUGCUUUCGACUGGUUCUUAAAUAUUCACAUUCGCAGUCCACAAUUUGUAAAACCUUCUGCACUGUUUAACAAAUAUGCUAUUUAUUUGAUUUAUAUAUUUGCUGCUGUAUUUAAUACUAUUGAUCAAUUUGUGAACACGUUCGGGAUUAUUGGAUUUUACAUUCUUGUAGUAUUGCCACUUUCAUUGUUUAACUUUCUGGAUUACAGUAGUAAAAAUAAAGAAUCCAACUUAAAAAACUACGGAUUGGUACUUUCAAAUAUCAUUGUCUUCUUUUGGUUGCCAUGUUUUGUAUAUGACAAGCUGCUUAUGUGGUCCUUCGGAUCUUUUACUUUUCACAGUAUAGUUUUGUAUACAAUAUUUUUAUCGCAAUGGCUUUCUCUCAGUGUAUCUUUAGUUUUAAUUGUAGCUUUAGUUAGAAUGGAUGUAGAUAUAAAAGUGGCCAUGCUUAAAAUAUUUAAUCGAAGAAGUGGAAGUUCCAAGGAUGAUGUGGAGAUCCUUGAAGAUGGUGAAAAUGAAGACGUUCCAAAUCGUAUGGGCAUUGAUAGUAAUGGUGUAUAAUCUGAAAGUAUUCUUAUAAUGUAAAAAAUAUAGUUAUUUUUCUGCAGCGAGACUCGUACCGAAAGUAGCUACUUUCGGGACUAAUUUCUUCACUUUCGGGACGCUUUUUUUUACUUUAGGGACGAAUUUGGGUAGCUACAGUUCCUGGCCAUAUUAUUAUGACCACCUAUGAAUUUUUACAAUAAUCAACUAUUCCACUAGGUACGUUUUGUUUAAAAUAUGAUUUUUAAAUUUAAUUUUGUUAUGCAAUGUUAAUAUUAUGCAUUAACUAUAAUAUAUUUAAUAAUAAACAGCAAUAAAAUAUUUGAAAA